AUGAGAAGAAGCAAACAACGAGCUUCUUUGCUAAAAAAAAAAAUCACACGGAUAUGUAUACAAAUCGUACGCCGUCAUUAUCGCUUAUAUUUACUCACACUCAACCCUAAAUUUUUUUUAACCUCUCGGGCCUUUUUUUCCUUUUCCCUGCACCACUAUACUAUGUUAGCUUGGUGUCCACUUUUACUAGUCAGUCUUCCUUUUCUACAUACUUUUACUACAACGUAG